UGCUCGGAUAACAAGAUAAUUCCUUGAAGAUGGGGCACCUUUCCAAACCUGUGCAACAGACAUCCAGACCAUUGCAGGUGGUGUUACUUGGUAAAACAGGAGCAGGGAAGAGUGCCACAGGAAACACCAUCCUGGGACGCAAAGAUUUUUUCUCAAAGAAGAGUUCCAAAUCAGUGACUGCUGAUAUUGAGAAACAAAAUGUCACCAUUGAAGGAAUAGAUCUUGUCGUGUAUGACACUCCAGGAUUCUGUAACCCCGAUCAAUCUGAAGAGCAAAUUCAGGGGAAAUUACAGGAAGUCCUCAAGUUAACCUCAUCUGGUCCCCGUGUGUUUCUCCUGGUGGUGAAGAUAGACAGAUUAACAGAAGAAGAGAAGAGGGUCAUCAGUAAAAUAGAAGGUCUUCUAGGAGAGAGUCUUUUGAAGCAAACCUGGAUCCUGUUCACCAGAGGAGAUGAGUUGGAAGACCAGACUAUAGAAGAAUUCAUUGAGGAGUCAGAUGACCUCACAGAAGUGAUGAGAAAAUACAGUGGAAGAUACCAUGUGUUCAACAACAAGAGGGGUGAUCCUGAGCAGGUCAAAUCACUGCUGCAAAAGACAUCCAUCUAUCUCAAUUCAACACUUUCAAGGAGCUCCUCCAUCAGGAAUCGCCCAGAGAGAAGGAUUGUUCUGCUUGGAAAAACCGGUGUUGGGAAGAGUGCAUCAGGAAACACCAUCCUUGGUGGGACGAGUUUCCAUUCUGAACUGAACUGGUCCUCUGUAACACGUAAAACAGAAAGGAAACAGGCAGCAGUAGAUGGGAGGGAUGUCAGUGUGGUUGACACUCCAGGACUGUUUGACACACAGCUUCCUGUUGAAGAAUUAGCAAAGGAGAUUGGUAUGAGCAUCUAUGAGUCUAGCCCAGGGACUCAUGCCUUCCUCAUAGUUUUACGAGUGAAUGACAGGUUCACAGAGCAGGAAAAACAAGCUAUUGAAACUCUAGAGAGUGUGUUUGGGUCAGGACUGACAAAGCACUCCAUCAUCCUCUUCACCCAUGGCGAUGCUUUAGAGGGUAACGGUCUAGAGAAGCUGAUUGGUGGGAACAGAGACCUCAGUAGAUUGGUAGAGCAGUGUGGGGGGAGGUACCAUGUCCUCAACAAUAAAGCCAGAGGAAACAGAGCUCAGGUCACAAAGCUGAUGGAGAAGAUAGACAGAAUGGUGGAGGACAAUGGAGGAACCUGCUACACCAAUGAGAUGUUUGAGUAUGCAGCCAGGAUUAAGAAAGAGGAUGAGGAGAGGAUCCAGAGGGAGGAGAGGACCCAGAGGGUGGAGGAGAGGACCCAGAGGGAGAUAAGGGAGAGGUUCAAUAUGGAGAGGCGGGAGAUAGAGGAGAGGAUCCAGAGGGAGGAGAGGACCCAGAGGGAGGAGGAGAGGAUCCAAGGGGAGAAAGGAUUUGAGGGAUUUUGGGAUAGAUGGGGGAAAAAGAUUAUAGGUGCAGUGGUAGGUGCAGGAUUAGGGCUUUGUGUAGGUGGUUUAGCAGGUCCCUUUGUAGGUUGGAAAGCUGGGGAAAGCAUUGCGAUAUGUGGUGCUGUGGUAGGUGGUGCGAUAUUUUUCACGAGUUCCUGAAUCUCCUGAAAAAUAUAAACAUCUGGCAGCAAAGUUGUCAGUCAAAAAUCACCAACAGUAAUUUACUGUGAAAUGCAGUGUUGGUAGCUAUUACAUCCCCAAUCAUUCUGAAAAUGUGUCUUAACAACCUACACUCCAAUUCAACUUAGAGCCUAAUACAAUAAUAGGCCCACAGCUUUAUGAAAAUCUUGUCUGCACGCAUAAUUUAAAUGUCUUUCGUUUUUUUUACAUACAGUAUAACAUGAUUAAAGCUAUAGUAUAUAACAGGGGUCUCCAACCCUGUUCCUGGACAGCUACCCUCCUGUAGGUUUUAACUCCAACCCUGUUCCUGGACAGCUACCCUCCUGUAGGUUUUAACUCCAACCCUGUUCCUGGACAGCUACCCUCCUGUAGGUUUUAACUCCAACCCUGUUCCUGGACAGCUACCCUCCUGGAGGUUUAUAUGCUGUUGUUGAAAUGUUUUUCUUGAUUUUUAAAAUGCUUAUUUUACCCAGA